UGCUGACUUGAGUGCGCACAGACACGCGUGCAUCUUCUACACUUGCGCUCUGUUUGUUUGCAGCAGCAGCGUCAGCGCGCUUCGUCUUGGAUUGCCUCCGAAUAACGACCCUGACCCUUUUAUUAAGCCUGCCCCUCUUGGACGGUUCCUGACGGCUGGAGCUAUGACGUCAGCAGCGUUUCUCAUUUUACUGGUGCUGCCACUGGUCUCCUCCCAGUCCUACCACUGGGGCGCCUGCCCUGACCCUAAGAUCCAGCCCAACUUCAACAUUGAGAAGUACCUCGGCACCUGGUACGAGAUCGAGAAGCUGCCGGCGUCCUUCGAGAGGGGCAAGUGCAUCGAGGCCAACUACAACACGCGCCCUGACGGGACCAUUCAGGUGCUCAACUCUCAGUUCUAUAAGCAGAAGUUCCGGACAGUGGAGGGCACGGCAGUGAUCCCGGACCCCAGAGAACCGGCCAGGCUGAAGGUCAGCUUCUCCUACUUCACGCCGUACGCCCCGUACUGGGUGCUGACCACGGACUACAGCACUGUGGCGGUGGUGUACUCGUGCACGGACGUCCUGCACCUGUUCCACAUCGACUUCGCCUGGAUCCUGAGCCGCUCGCGCUUCGUGCAGCCCCAGACCGUGCAGUAUGCCAAGCAGCUGCUGGCGGGAGAGGGCGUGGACGUGUACCGCAUGAAGCCCACCGACCAGCUGGGCUGCAAGGACUAGGAGGAACAGGGGCACACACACACACACACAUGCAUAUGGAUACACAUGCAUACACAGACACACAGACACAGAAAGACAGACAGACAGACAGACAGACAGACAGACAGACAGACAGACAGACAGACAGACAGACAGACAGACAGAGACACACACAGACUGACACACACACAGACAGAGACACACACAGACAUAAACAUACACGCACAGAUACACAGACGUACUGACACACACACGCACACACGCACACACACACACACACACACACACACACACACACACACACACACACACACACACACACACACACACACACACACACACACACACACACACACACACACACACACGUGCACACACACAUCCUGGACCGGUUUAUUCCAACUUGAAUGCCCUUUUCUAUAUUUUCUCAUGUAUUUGGUUUAGGUUGUCAUGAUAAUCGUCACAUUUUGUGUUCCAACCGCUAAAUCUAUGUAUGCGUAGUAAAACCAGCCCAAACAUGUUAUCACAUGGUAAUAUCUAUUAUCAUAUAGCGAACGGCUUUGAAUAGGUGAUUGGUUAAGUAUAUACUUUCUUUAUGUGAUGAAAUCGGUCAAUAGCCCAGGGAGCAUCCCUGGGCUAUUUCCUCUUAAUAUUUUGUUCAUCAUUUUCUGACUUUCCAUUAGCCUUUGAUAAUUCAAUGGCAGCGCUUUGCUAGAACUUUGCAACAAUCAUAUACCUCCUAUUACGAUUUGACUUAUAUAUAGUAUCACAUUUUCACUAAUCUUCAAUUGAAUAUGAACAAUUUAAAAUAAAAUAUCCUAUACCGUC